GCCUCUUUUCACUUAUAAUGAGUGCAUGACAGGGCGCCAUUAGGUUUUAUUUAGGUGUUCACACAAUUCUUAUAGUUAGUCACAACUCAACAUAUCACUUGUGUGACGCAAAGGUCAUUUCAUAUCACAUUCACUUGCAUGACUCAUAGGUCAUUUUAUCUCAUCUCGUAUAAUUCACAAUAGGCAACCUUUCUUGCCAUUCUUUUCACUUGACUGCCUCAAAAGGCAUUUCACAUAUCAUAUACUCAUCACAUAAUAUCGUUUAGCACACACAUAACAACAUGUAUUAUGACCUUCUGGUCACACCAUCAUACAAUCAUUUCAUCAUAUCAUAACAUUAUCAUGCAUCCGUGAUUCGGUAACCUCAUCAAACCAUUUCGUCAUCAUUCAAUCGUGUAACCAUGCCACAUUUCGAUAUUCACUCACAUUUGGUUUAAGUCUUACCAAGACAUCACAUACCUUGUACUCGAGCCGCUUCAUGACCCGAACACCAUAACCAUAUUAAGAUAAACAUUAUGUUAGAAUUUACUCGCAAAUAUAUGUUAUUCAGCUAUGCCCUUUUGUCGUGAAGAUUCCCCCGGCUUGUUCUUUUCCUUGGAACAAAGUCAUGUAGAUACAUUUAGUAUACUAGCAAUCGGACCAUGGUUUGAAACCAUGCAUUCAAUCCAGGUUACCGAUUCAAAUUAAGGAGCCAACACGCUAUAUAACUGUAUCAAAUUUAGUUUUGCCCGCAUCAUGUGAGCCAUAUUGCCAAUCAUGAAUUCUAGGCCCACUUUACCACCCCCACACCCUACGUCUAUAGCAUGCAUAGUAAUAGCUUUAUUUUAUAAUCACUUAACCUCACAGCACCGGGGAAAGCACUCAAAACCCACUUUAAAUUUAUAACACUUCAACUUCCCCAUUAGUUAUCCUAAAACCAUCAUCAAUCCUAUUAUACACACAACUCACGUGCGUUAAUUUACUCUCAACAUUUGGGGACGUUUAGAUCACCAUUUUCCCCAACCACUAUAGAUCACCCUGACAAAGUUACCUAACUAUAGCUCCUCAUUCGAAAGUCGUAUUCAUCAAGGGUAGGUAGGUAGUUUGAAUGAAUGAACGCGGCUUGUUCAUUAAUUGAUUUCAACUAUUUGGAGAGUAAUGUUGGUUGUGGUUUGUUUCACGUCGACUUCAUAGUUCCAUAUAUAUAAACAUGCAUUGCCCUAACAAGGGAGAGCCAGCCUUAAAGCAGAAGAGUGGAAUCUGUCCAACCCAGAAAAAAAGCCAAAAAGCUCUUAAGCCGUACGUGUUUUCGUCCAUUGAUUUACGUAGCCUUUUCCCCCGUUUUAAUUACAGUCUCCCCCUUUACGCUUUUACUAUCUCUGUUUCUACAUACCCUUUUGCUGCGCAGCUUUGUCCUUGCCCUGUGUAAGAAUGGAAUGGCGCACUAACUAACUGAGAGAGAGAGAGAGAGAUAAUGGAAAUUGAGAGGGAAUCUGCAUAAGGCAGCUUAUUGCGAUUGCUUUGCUUAGCCAUGUGCUCAACUAUCUAUAUUAAACCGUCAUCUCAAUUAUCAACAACGACAACAAACACUACCCUCUUUCCUCUCUCUCUCUCUCUCUCUCUCUCUCUCUCCGACGUCUUCACUCUUCUUCUUCUUCUUCUUCUUCUUCUUCUUCUUCUUCUCCCGCAGGGAUGACGGGCUCUCCUUCUCCGGCCGAAGAUUUCAUCAGCUGCUACGACGGUUGCAUGACCGGGUGCGGCCGCCGCCACGGGAGCUUUGAGGUUUGUAUAACAUUGUGCAUGGACAGGUGUACACCGCCUGACGGCGAGGGCGACAGCCGAGAAGAAUGGACAUUUAUCUUUGCAUGUCUCACAAUCAUAGGUCUUCUCUUCGGCACUAUGUUGCUGUUUUUCCUAGGUAAAAUAAUCAACAAGGCAAUUAGCGGCAAGCAUGCAUAGAUCGAUCAAUAGAGAUCAUGACGGCAAUCAAUAGUAAGCUAUAGCUUAAUUAAGCUAAGGGCCGGCCGGGUCUCUUUAAUUUCUUCAGUAUGCUUGUUGUUUAACUCUCCAUGACUGCACCCAUCAAUAAAUAAAUUGUGUUAAUUAUGUGAGUAUCUUUCGUUUAGUCAAUUGCACUUGGUAAAUGACCCGUCCAUCCAUUGCACCUAAUAGGGUUGGUUGGGUGAUUUGAUUUGUUGCACUAAACUAACCAUUGCACAUUAGGUUGGUGGUGAGUUCAAAGUAUUUUUUAUAUAUCAUUUGUCAGAAGUAGGAGGCACCUAUUUUGACCCUCAUUUAUGCUUUCUGAAGAGUUCAUUUUUCGGGUUGAACUUCUAAAUCUCUUUCAAGAGCUAGCUCAAUACGCCGCUCCCGAUUACUCUCUUCUCAAAUAAUGACUUGAGCUUCGGAGCAGGUCCCCACCAACCACCGCCGGUGGGGUUCCUCUUUUGCAGGUGUCCAUCUCGAAGGCUGGUGGUGGCGGACGCUGGCCAGGAGGACGACGCUCACCGGACCUCAAACACAUUGAAGCAGGCUCCUCGAAGCUUGGCAUCAACAGGCCCGCAUAAAAAUGUAACUGACGU